AUGAGAAUUGCUCCUGCUGCUUCGGUGGCACUGCCAGUGUUGGCGGCGCAUGCUGCGCCCCUUGCUGAGUCCACUUGUCAGAAGACAGAAGUUGUCAUCCUGGGAGCAGGAGUAGCCGGUCUUACCGCUGCAAAAACCCUUGCGGACCACAAUGUCAACGACUUUGUUGUGCUCGAAUAUCAGGACAGAGUUGGCGGCCGGCUUCAUAAUGUCACUUUUGCCAAGCAUACUGUUGAGGCUGGAGCCAACUGGGUUCACGGGCCGGGGACUCCAGAAGGCCACAUUAAUCCCAUCUGGACUAUGGUCCAAAAGGCGGGGUUGAAGACAGUAACCACCGACGAGGACGACAACUCCAUGUACGAUCACACCGGCCCGACAGACUACUCUGCUGUCUUCGAGCGUGCCGAAAACGCGAAUAAACUCGUAUUUGCCGACGCCGGCGACAUACUCAAAAGCAAUUACCAAGACCGGACACACCGCGCUGGCCUUCGGCUUCAGGACUGGAACCCAGCCAUUAACGAUCCAGCCGCGCAACUGGCCGACUGGUUUAUCUGGGACUGGGACGCAGCAGCUCCGCCAGAGGUAAGCUCCGAGGUGUUCGGCACCAUCUCCAUCAACGCAACCUACAAUUACUUCUCCCACUCGGACGAGUUCAUCUGUGACCCGCAAGGGUACGUUCACGCCUUGUGGGAGGACGUCAAAUCCGCCUUCGAAGGACAUCCGGAGCGUCUUCGCCUGCGGACCAAGGUCACCGAAAUCAAGCACGAUGCAGACUCAGUCACCGUGACCAGUGCUGAUGGCCACUGCGUCACAGCCAAAUACGCCAUUGUGACUUUCUCCGUCGGUGUUUUGCAGAAAAAGGACGCCGUACGAUUUAUCCCCGAGCUACCAGCCUGGAAGACCCGGGCCAUUGCCGGCUUCGAAAUGGGCACGUACAUUAAGAUCUUUCUCGAAUUCGAGACUAGCUUCUGGGACUCCAAGCAGUUUUUGCUAUAUGCGGAUCCCCAUGUCCGCGGCAACUAUCCGAUCUUCCAGCCCUUGGAUCUGGAAGGGUUGUACCCGGGGUCUAAUAUCCUCGUGGCCACGGUGAUCGGAGAGAUCGCUUACCGGAUUGAAUCGCAGUCCAAUGAAGAGACCGCGGCGCAAAUCAUCCAAGUGCUGGAGAAUAUGUACGGCAAGGGCGUCGUCUCGACACUGAAGGACAUUUCCUAUACAAGAUGGGACCAAGAAGACUGGUCUUACGGAUCCUACUCUUACUGGCCCCCUUCGACUAGCCUGCAAGCGCAUCAGAAUAUGCGCGCCAACGUCGACAGUGUCUUCUUUGCCGGCGAAGCCACUAGUCAAGAGUUCUUUGGUUACGUGCAAGGGGGAUACUAUGAGGGCAAACAUGUGGCCGAGUUUCUGGUGGGGUGUCUUACUGCCCCAGAUCCGGAGCAGUGCGCUUUGAAUCCAGAUCAGAAGCGAUACCCUGUUCUGACGGGAGUUACGCCGUAUGACGUGUAUAAUCCGGAGAAUGGUUGGUAUAUUUAUGAUGAAGAUUUGGGUGUGCCUGGACAUGCUUAG